CUUGGUGCUGACUUCUGACUUCCAUGUGAAAUCAUUGGUUUAGACUUCUCAUAAAUCAUAUUUCAAACGUGCGUUUGCAUCUGCAUUGUUUGCGCGUCGUUUGUCGCGUGUUCUUAUAUGAUAGAACCCUGUCGGACUCGUGCCGAGGACACGGCGCGUUGUAGCCUGAAAAUGCGAAGAUGAGGUUCAGAUCGGAUAUCAAGAAUAUACGCACAUUCUCAAAACUUGUCGCUGCCCUCUCGUCCCUUGAGAAGAUUGCCUGGGUCCGUCUUGACGAUGAGACCGUACGCUUCACCGUGAUUCCGGAUACCGGUUCACAAGUCUGGGCCUCGUUUUCUAUGGACUUCAUAUUCGACAAUUAUGCCUUACAAUCUGCAGAGCCAAACAACACCAUCAACCUUGAGCUUCCUCUAGGCCCUCUCCAGCGUGCCUUAAAGUCCGCUCUUAACGGCGUCUCGGCAUCAAUUCGCCUCACGAAGAAAGAUGGAAUUCCCGUAUUAUCCAUGACCAUCACCACAACCACCGCACCAAACAAGGAAGCUCAACCGCAAGGCGUAGCUCGUUUUGGCGGCGCCAACGCAAACGUCGCAGGUCUCCAAUAUAACGAUGACGAUGACGACGAUGGCGUGUUCGCUCACGAGCCACUAGAAACAAACCUGCACCGCGAGCGCGAGAAGAUAAUCACACAGGACAUCCCAGUGCGAGUCCUACACCCCGACACCGUCGAAACCAUAAUGCAGCCCAAAGUGCGCGAGCCCGACGUACACAUCCAGCUCCCUCCUCUCCUGCAGCUCAAAGCAAUCUCAGACCGCUUCACCAAACUCGCACUCGCCUCCCGCCCCUCCGGCUCCGCCUCCACCGCCUCGCCUAAACUCGAGCUCAGCGCAAACAUGCACGGCGGCCUGCGUCUGCGUCUGAACACCGACACCCUCGACGUCGAGAGCAUGUGGGCCGGCCUCGAGAACCCCGAGCUCGACCCCGCGCAGCUGCCUUGUCCGCUCGAAGACCACCCCAGCACGAAGUUCCGUGAGGGCGGCCCGGAUAAGUGGGCUACGGUUCGUGUCGACGGCAAGGAUUGGAGUAAGGUGCUUAGUGUGGGACGCUUGGAGGGACGCGUUAUUGCGUGUUUUGCGGACGAUCAUGCGUUGAUUAUGUAUGUUUAUGUCCCGCAGUAUGAUGAUACCGGCGCGGAGGACUCGGUUGUUACGUAUUAUGUGUCCUCGUACAGUCUAUGAGGAUGGAUAUAAAAAGGGGAUUCGGUGGGUGCUUGUCGUUUCGAAAUCGGCAAUGGUGUCUGGGUUUCCCGGGGUAAAAUUGAUUCAUUCGGCGUAUAGGGAUGAGAUUGUAGAUGGGUCGAUAAGUUUCAUGGGUCUUGUCUGCUUGUAGCUUGCUUAGUUGCUGGAUAUACCGCUCAUAGAGUAGAGGACGCAAGUCACAGCUAUAUAGGGGUUUAAAUGAACCGAAAUGAGAAAUCAUCCUGUUA